GUGUAUGGCAAAAUGACGUUUCAUUCAGUUUAAUUUUAUCUGUGUGAAGGUAGUAUGAUGGCGUGGAAUUGAAAAGGUUAUAAAAUUACAGAAAUAACCAUGGCCCUAAAAGUGAAUAGAGUACCUGAAAAUAUUGACUUUCCUAAAGAAGAGGAGAAAAUUUUAAGCUUUUGGAAAGAAAUCGAUGCUUUUCACACUUGUCUGAAGCAGUCAAAAAAUAAGCCGAGGUAUUCCUUUUACGAUGGGCCACCAUUUGCUACAGGCCUGCCACAUUAUGGCCACAUCCUUGCUGGAACUAUCAAGGAUGUUGUCACUCGCUAUGCUCAUCAACAGGGAUAUCACGUAGAGAGGCGAUUUGGUUGGGAUUGCCAUGGGCUACCUGUCGAGUUUGAAAUUGAUAAAGCUCUGGGAAUCAAAGGCCCUGACGAUGUUGCUAAAAUGGGCAUCGAUAAAUACAAUGCAGAAUGUCGUAAAAUCGUUAUGAAGUAUGCUGGGGAAUGGGAAAUGAUUGUUACAAGAAUGGGUCGUUGGAUUGACUUCAAGAAUGAUUAUAAAACUCUUUACCCGUGGUUCAUGGAAUCUAUUUGGUGGGUUUUCAAGGAGCUGUACAACAAAGGCUUGGUGUAUCAAGGAGUGAAAGUAAUGCCUUACUCCACAGCCUGUUCUACCCCUCUGUCUAACUUUGAAUCUGGACAGAACUACAAAGAUGUUGUAGAUCCUGCAGUUGUAGUUUCAUUUCCUACAGCUGAAGGCUUCUCAUUGCUUGCUUGGACCACCACUCCAUGGACUCUUCCCAGUAACCUAGCCCUCUGUGUCAAUCCAAAACUUAUUUAUUUAAAAGUUAAAGAAAAGAGCACAGGUAACUGUUAUGUUUUACAAGAAUCAAGGUUUCCUGCUGUUUUCAAAAAUGUUGAUGAGUUUGAUAUCCUAGAUAAGUUUGUUGGGGAGAAGCUUAGAGGCAUUAAAUAUACUCCAAUUUUUGAUUAUUUUGUGAACCAAUGUCCAAAGGCUUUCCAAGUGCUGGUUGAUGGGUAUGUAACGGAUGACUCUGGUACUGGUAUUGUUCACCAAGCCCCUUACUUUGGUGAAGACGAUUUUAGAGUUUGUCUUGCAGCAGGGAUCAUCACUCGAGACCAGGAUAUAAUAUGCCCUGUAGAUCCUAGUGGCAGGUUUAUGGAGCCAGUCAAAGACUUCUUGGGGCAGCAUGUUAAGGAUGCAGAUAAAAACAUUAUAGCUAAUUUGAAGGCUCGGAACAGCCUUGUUCAGUUAGGUCAAGUCAAGCAUAGUUAUCCAUUCUGUUGGCGAUCAGAAACUCCUCUUAUUUACAAAGCUGUACCUUCUUGGUUUGUUCGCGUUGAACAAAUGAAUCAGGAACUACUGAAAUCAUGUGAAGCUACAUAUUGGGUACCAGAGUAUGUGAAAGAGAAAAGGUUUAGAAACUGGCUUAAAGAAGCUCGCGACUGGGCCAUCAGUCGUAAUAGGUACUGGGGAACGCCAAUUCCUUUAUGGAUCUCAAGUGAUAGACAGGAGGUAGUAUGUGUUGGCAGCAUUGCCGAAUUAGAAGCCCUCACUGGCAAAGAAGUUAAAGAUUUGCAUAGGGAAAGCAUAGACCAUUUGGAGAUCCCUUCGUCUCGUCCUGGGCAGCCGCCACUUAAAAGAGUUUCUGAAGUCUUCGACUGUUGGUUUGAAUCAGGAUCUAUGCCUUACGCUCAAUGUCAUUAUCCAUUUGAAAACAAAAAGGAGUUUGAGGAAGUUUUCCCUGCUAAUUUCAUUGCUGAAGGUAUUGACCAAACAAGAGGUUGGUUUUAUACUCUUAUUGUCUUAUCAACAGCACUGUUUAAAAAGCCGCCAUUUAAGAACCUUAUCGCUAAUGGUUUAGUGUUAGCUUCUGAUGGGCAAAAAAUGUCGAAGAGAAAGAAGAACUACCCGGAUCCUCUUGAAGUUGUAACUAAGUAUGGUGCUGAUGCUUUAAGACUUUAUCUUGUGAAUUCUCCCGUGGUGAAAGCAGAAAAUCUCCGAUUUAAAGAAGAGGGCGUUAGGGACAUUAUAAAAGACGUGUUUUUGCCAUGGUAUAAUGCUUUCAGAUUCCUGAUGCAAAAUGUUGAAAGAAUUGUUCAGGAGGAUAAAAUUGAUUACAGGUUUAACGAAAAGGCCGUCAGAGAAAACGUUAUGGAUAAGUGGAUUACGUCGUUUACGCAAUCUCUUAUCCAAUUCGUCAAAAAAGAGAUGGCUGCUUAUAGAUUAUACACUGUCGUGCCAAGGUUGACGAAGUUUAUUGAUCACCUUACCAACUGGUAUUUGAGAAUGAACAGGAAAAGGCUGAAGGGUGAGAGUGGCGUUAAAGACUGCCAAGUCGCUUUGGAUACGUUAUUCGGCGUGCUAUUUGAUAUGGUGCGAGUCAUGGCACCUUUCACUCCCUUCCUUACUGAGUUGAUGUACAAGACCCUGCGCCAACUCUUACCUGGCGAUUCACUCGAAAGUGUGCACUUUAACAUGAUGCCUGAUCCAAAGUUAGAAUUAGUGGAUACUGACAUAGAAAGAGCUGUGCAAAGAAUGCAGGCAGUUAUCGAACUAGGUAGAGUUGUGAGAGACAGAAAAACAGUACCCAUCAAGUAUCCUUUGCCAGAAAUGGUUGUCAUUCACCGUGAUUCCAAUUAUCUGGACGACAUAAAAUCAUUAGAACGAUAUGUCUUAGAAGAGCUAAAUAUUAAGAAAGUCUUAUUAACAAGUGACAAAGAAAAGUAUGGCAUUACGCUGAGAGCAGAGCCAGACCAUAAAAUACUGGGAACAAGGUUGAAAGGCGAUUUUAAGGCAGUUACGCAAGGUUUGAAAGACCUUAAUAAUGAGCAAUGUGAAAAACUGAUUGCUGAUGGAUUUAUUGAACUAGUUGGACAUCGCAUUGAUGUGUCUGAAGUGAGAAUGAUAUUCCAGGCGCAAGGCAAUGAUCAAUACGAAGCUCAUAGCGACAAUGAUGUGCUGAUUCUUCUUAAUGUCACUCCCGAUCAGGAUAUGCUUGACGAAGGUUUCGCUAGGGAAAUAAUUAAUAGAGUCCAGAAAUUACGGAAGAAAGCUCAUUUAGUGCCAACUGAUGACGUUAAUAUUUACUUCUCUGUGAACAAGUCCAGCGACAUUUUGCGUAUCAUAAAUUUGCACAGAGAGUUCAUCGAGAGUACAGUGAAAGGGCCACUUAUCACAAUCGAACAAAUCAAACCAUCUAUGCCAGUAGUUAUUGAAGAGACGCAAGAACUAAAAGGAUCGUUGCUAAAAUUGGUCAUUACUUGGAGGAAAGAAGUAGAACUUCCCGCGAAUCCGUGGGCAAAUGUUAUUCUCCAAGAUUUAACACCGAGGUUUGGAGUUUCGAGUAAGCAAGCCAGUAUCAUACUUAAGGAUAAAACAAAUAAGUUUAUAAGCUUAGAGAACUUGUACAAAGAGGUAAGUGUACUAUUUGGUUUAUACGGCGUGAAGUUUACGUUAUGGUGUAAUGGGGUGGAAGUAACUGACACUUCAAACUUAAAUUCUAAAACGUUGGUAGCUGCACCGAAAAAGCCUAAAGAUAGCGAGUCUGCAGCAAGUCCGUUCUGCAAAUUCAUUAAUAUCGCGAAUGGCACAAAAUCGGUUACUUUGUUCUUAGAAAAUCCGAUCGGAAAACAUACUUUGAAUCAGGAUGAAGCUUUAAAGUUUGUAACUGAAUAUUUGGGAAUAAAAGCGAGUGAUGUAGACAAGAAACUAUUUAAAUAGAGUCGUUAACGUUUGUCCAACUUCAAGUAUAAAGAGUAGACACAAAUAAUAUUUAGAUGAAGCAUUGAGAACUAACAUACAUUUUAAACUAAUAUCAUGUAAUCUUGUUUAUGCUGCAUUUAAAAUGCAAUGUAGUAUUGUGUUAAAUAUUUAAUUAUGUUGCAAUGCUAUCUUUGUAACAACAUCGCAUGCUUUAUUUGCGUGCUGUGCAUGUAAUAGUUAUUGUUGGCGACGCUCAGUUUUCUUAUAAUAUGAAGUCAGAACAACGUUUUACCCCCCAUUGUGAUCUAAAUAUUUUUCUCGAAAAAUUGUUAAAUGAUUUCAAAAACAAAAGACAGAUAUAAUAAUUCACACUUUGGUAUUGAUGUUUGUGGGUAUAGGAAUCUUUGUGCUGAAAUCUUCUUAUUGUGGUAUUUUAAUCUUCGACGCGUCUCACUUGUCUUAUUUAAUAAAUUAUUGUUGAUCCCA